AUGAAUGCUUUCUCGCCUCCUGCUGCUCCCCCCUCCUGGCUCUCCCACCAUUCUCCUUCUCAUCGGGCUGCCACCCCUGAGCCGACGCAUGGCUGGCUGGACCUCAUCGCAGAUGGGGCCGCUUUGGCCGUCCGGCCUGUUUCAAACGACGAGGAGGGCGCAAUCGUCCAGGGUCAUACGUUUUGUGGUGCCUCGUCUCUCGCUCUGUUUUGUGGUGCCUCGUCUCUCGCUCUGGGCGGAGGGAUCGACGCGGUCACCAGCGGCGCCGGCUCGCUUCUGGGCGAGCGGGCGGCCUCCUGCGUUGUGACGGGUGCGGGGCCUCGCUCGGCGCGUGCGGCGAGAACGUGGCCACACGCCGUGCCAGUGCAGAGCAUCUUGUCUCGCGCGCCUGUCUCGGCCUGCUGCGCCUGGCGUGAGCGCAGGAAGAGCUGA